CGGGGGCGCAGUGAGUCCAGCUCCUCCCGCAGUGCCCAGGGAACUGGAGCUGGCUCUGGAGCAGGCUCUGGAGAAGUUCCUGCAGCCGAGCAGUGCGCUCCUGUGGGCAAACUCUUCACAAACAGACUCAUCUCUUCAUCUUCUGAGUGAUAUUCGGACCUGCACACGGAGAGGAAGGACUCUGUUUCUCUCUCUGACUCUGUUUCUUUCUUUGUCUCCCUCUCUUUCACUCUGUUUCUCUCUCUCUCUGUCUCUGACUCUGUUUCUCUCUCUCUCUUGCUCUCUCUCUGUCUCUCUUUGACUCUGUUUCUUUCUUUCUCUCUCUCUCUCUCUUUCUCUCUGUUUGCCUCCUUCAAGGCUGAUGUGUGUACACACUCCUCUGCCUCCAGGAGCAUGUCAGGUCACCGUGGCAACAGUGCAGGGCACGGGUGGCGGUCUGUUCAGGCCUGAGCGUAUCCCAGCAUGCACCAGCUCUUCCAGCUAGUUCUGGGUCAGAGGGACCUGUCCCGAGCAGGAGACCUUUUCUCUCUGGAUGAUGGAGAGAUCGAGGACUGUUUGUCCCAGGCACUGGAGGAGAUCAAGACCAUCUCCUGCCAUCCUGAUUACGUGACUAAUGACAAUGACCAGGCGGUGGUGGAGAUCUGCAUCACUCGCAUCACCACGGCGAUCCGGGAGACGAGCUCGAUGGAGCGGCAUGGCUCCGCGCUCGUGGCUCUGUGGGAGUCGUGUCUGGAGCACAACCUGCAACCCCAGGGCAAAGACGAGGACACGCCACACGCCAAGAUCGCCUCAGACAUCACCAGCUGCAUCCUGCAGAACUAUAACCGAGCUCCGAUGAUGGCGCUGGCCGUCCCGGUGGCCGUGCGCUUCCUGCAGCAGGGGAAUCGCGAGCUGAGCCGCAACAUGUCCAGCUACCUGAGCCUGGCCGCCAUCGCCAAGGCCGAGCUCCUCGUCCAGCACACCCAGGCCAUCAUCAUCAGCGUGCUGGGAGGUAACAGCAUGCUGCUGCGGGUUCUUCCCUCCGUGUAUCCUCUAGAACCAGAUCCAAUCCACCAGCACAUCCAGGACCUGGUACUUAUGAUUCCUGAGCUGGACCAGACAAGCAGACAACACUUACUCCGACUGCUCCAGAUGAUCUCUGAUCGACACCCACAGGCGUUGACUUCUCUUGUGCCGUCUCUGAUUGGUCACCUGAGUGACGCCUCUUUGAACGACGCCCUUCUCACUGUGUUGGUGGAUAUAGCCCAGGUUAGCCCCGCCUCACUCAGCCCAUUUCUCCCCGCGCUGAGGAUUGUGGGUCAGCAGACACCAGGGCUACUGGGACAUGUAGCUAAGAUCCAUGGGACGGUCGGCCUGACCAAUGAGGACCAGGCACGGGAGGCUCUACACUACCUGGUGUCUCUGUUGGCGUGUAUGGAGCACAGCGUCCAUCACACAGUGCUGCUGGAGAUUCACAGCCUGACUGAGCGCUACACCUCCAUCAUAGGCGGAGGAGCCAAAGACAUCUACCGCAUGAGCAACAGCUUCAGUGCCAUCGCCCGGCUGCUGGGACGCAGGCUACAGUCUGAUACUUUAACGCCAUGCAGAGAAAACAAGGAGGUUGCAGAUCUGAAGCAGUGCGAAUCCGAUUCCAGAAAGCAUGAUGAAGACCAGAGUCUGCAAGUGAAGAUCCAGGCUUUUGAGGAGAAACUGGAGGAAGAGGUGGCUCAGGGGGAAGCCGAGAGAGACUCACCGGGACCACAAAGGUGUCACAGCCUGGGGCAGGUGGCACGAGACGAGCGCCGAGACAUCAGGUUCAACCGGUCUAAGAGUCUGGGUUUUCAUGCUGUACAGUCACGGUCCACUAACCCUGACUGCAUCCCGGACGGAGAAGGGGAACUAAACACUGAGGACUACCUGAUUGAGGCCACGCUUUGUCCUGAGACUGGUCUAGCAGCUUCCUCUGCUCAGGAAGAGCACAGUGAGCACCAGGACUCCGCUUCUCAUGGGAAGGCAGGACAGACAGACAGCGUGGACCCUCGAGAAAGAGACCGGCUAUUGAAACACCUCCAGGACAACUUGGAGAAGAUCCGAGCCUUCUGCUCUGAUAUGAUCACACGGAUCCCUAUACCUGAGCAAUGCAUCAUCGAAGAUACCCAGCAAGGCUGUGUUGCUAAGCUAUCAUUUUCGUGUCCAAUGAAAGGUCAUUACUGUCUGUACGGGAAAUCCAGCUUCUCGCUGUGCAGCGGUCAGCCCCACCUCUGGAUACGCAUCAUGCUGCUCGCUCUGCAGAGCAAGACGGAUGAAGCUCUAAGCUCUGAGGAUGUGUGUGUGCAGCAGCUCAGGAGACUUUGGGAGAAAACGCAGCUUAAAGGAGCUCACAGCUUCGAACUGGCCAUGACGCAAACUGCUGUUCCACAGAAGAAGGACCUGGACAGUCUGCAGAUCCACCUGGAGGAGGUGCGCUUCUUUGACCUCUUCGGCUACAGUGAGGAGGAGGGAGGCUGGCUGUGUUUCAUGUGCAACAACCCGGAGAAAGCCACUGUGGUGAAUCAAGACGGCCAGCCGCUCAUUGAGGGCACAUUAAAGGAGAAACAGGUGCGCUGGAAGUUCAUCAAACGCUGGAAAACACGCUACUUCACUCUGGCUGGUAACCAGCUCCUCUUCAGGAAGGGGAAAUCAAAGGAUGAGGUGGACGACAACACUAUCGAGCUAAGCAAAGUGCAGAGCGUGAAGGUGGUGGCAAAAAAGCGACGGGACCGUGGCCUACCUCGAGCUUUCGAGAUCUUCACUGACAAUAAGACAUACGUGCUGAAGGCAGAGGACGAGAAGCACGCAGAGGAAUGGCUGCAGUGCAUCAACGUGGCUGUAGCGCAGGCCAAAGAGCGCGAGAACCGAGAGGCUACAACGUACCUGUAGGUCAGUGCCACCGGGGGUCGCAGGAGUGAGCAUCAAGAACUCUUUUAAGAACUACUAGUCCUAAAGGAACUAUGGGAAAUGUUAGUGAUAUGACUGAUUUGUUCUGAUGAUGUAAUCUCUUCACUGUUAAUCCUGGAGCCAUUUUGUACAUAAUUGGAAUAGAUGAGCAACAUGACCAUAAAGCGAUGUGGUUCUCCAGGAUUCAAGUGAAGAAAACAUCCUGUACCGAACUCUAAACAGUGACAGCCUUUGAUCAUUCAGUACAUGGAGUGAAGAUGACAAGAUUCAAGCUGGCUGUAUACCUCAAACGAACAAGACAUCAUGCGAAAGGAAGCCUUUUGUGCAAGAAAGAUGCUGUGGUUUCAAUUCAUACUCCAUGGUCAAAAACAGAACUCCUAACCACCGUGACUUUUGUUCUGCGAUGGGUCUAAAUAUUAUAUAAAUAUUAUAUGGUUGCUUGGAUCACUGAACAGAGCUGCAGUAUGAUUUCCAGGUCCAUUGUUUGUGCAUUUGUAGCUAGCGGUCAUGGAAACAGCAGCAUUUGAGGGAAAAACUCAAAUCCGCCUUCAUCAGAGUCAUAAAAAGCAAUAUUAAUUUUAAAAAUGUACAUCAGGACUGGGAUCCCAUGUCGUUAGCAUCUGAGGAAGUACACUGUGUAACAGCACACUCACUCUGAGGUGUAUUUGCAUCAUCUUUAAAAUCGGAGAGAACACACUGUGCUCUGUCUCUGUCUCUAUAUCAAAUCACACUCCCAACUCAGCAGGAAGACACUGGAUGUUCUCAAACACACGAGAACACAGACAUUCACUCUGGGGCAAAAAAAAAAAAAAAAAAGAAAAGAGCCAAUUGUUUUCUUUUGCCACAAAAGUGUUGCAGAUUGUUCAAUGUUAGGAGCCACUUCAUGCUAAUGCUAAUACACCAGGCAGAGCUUCUCAACAGACUGUCAGUCAUCUGCGGGAGGACAUUAACACUGAAUAAAACAACACGGACACUUAUUUAAAUGUAGUAUAUUUAAUCUAGCAAGGAAUAAAAGAGUUACCAUGCAAAGACUGAAGUACGGAGGCACUGAAGUAACAUGGGGAUUCAUUUAUUAAUGUUUCGAAGCCAUGAGUUAAUAUUUAAUACUAAGUAAAUCGUGUCCAUGAAUUAUCCUCUCACACUAUUCUUGGCCAUGUCUUCAGUAUCUGGAAGCCACAAAUUGUAUUGUGCUCUUGACUUCAGAUUUUUUGGGACGGCCAUCAAUAUUUGGCUUCCUUUUUUUUUUUUUUCCUCAUUUUCAUGGUGCACCAAAUUUUUUUGACCAUAUAGUUUUGUAUAGUUUGAUGUCAUUGGAAAUGUGGAUGUCUAAACAACACACACUGACUAUUAAUUCACAGUUUACAGUGCUACGUAUAUUGUCACAAUAUUAUGUAGAGUCACUGGUAAAAUGGGGUCAGGCCAAAAUAAUAAACGAAAGCUAGAUUAGCUGAAAAAGAGCAGCUGACACAUAUAACUAUACCUACAUAGAUUAAAAAAAAAGAUAAAUUACUUCCACUUCCCUCUAAAAAUCUACCACUAAACACAGACAAGCUGUCAAACCCAAAAACUGGCAGCUGAGCCCUACACCUUUGACUUCUCCUACAUCAAGAAGUCACAUGCGAAUCACAAGGCACAACACCAGAGCACUCUGUCUGGUCAGAGAUGUCAGAGCUCAUCCUGAAGGCGUGGGAACACUCUUUAGGAACCCACGUUAGGAGGUGAGCGCAGGAUGAGACAUCUGGACAAAGAAGACACACACAGAUUUACACAGAAAGAACACAAAGCACAAGGUGCGAAGAGUAACAACGCUAACUGAGGUGUAUCUGAGUCAUCUUUAAACCUGCGAGGAAAAGUCUGUUUGCUUUGAGGUGAUACAUCAAUGUCUCAACGUUAGUGACUCCAGUAUGUCUUCAUGAAUCAGUCCAGCACUGAAGUCUGAGAUUAUCAGUCAUCUCCAUGCUCAGGUUCCUGCAGCCAUGAUGGUCUGAUUCAAGGGAUUUCUCUGAGUCUUGCAUUAUUUUUUUUUAAUAAUUUAGAAAUUAUUUGGGUUAUUAUUAAAAUUAUUUAGAGAUUUACUUUAAAUUGUAUCUUGAGAUAUCAUAUGACUGAACAAGAAGACAAUCAUGAUUUCUAACCAACUACAGCUUCACAGUUCAGCAGUAGAAAUAGAUUAUUAUUAUUAUUAUUAUUAUUAUUAUUAUAAUAAACCAGCACUCUGCAAAGCUUUGCAUUUUGUAUUUAUUUGCUGUCCAAUUAUUAAGGCCCCCAUCUUUCAUACGAAACCUUUUGUCCAAUCAUACAGUUUGUCAUUCAGUCCACACACUAAUCAUUAAUCCACAUCAUCCAGCUAUCCGUGCUGAAAAACAUUACAUAAAACACAUACUAAUCUGAAACGGGGCAUCUUCUAUUGACUGUUAAACGAGCAAAAAUAUGCAUAGACCCCUGAUGGCUAAAGAACACAAAUCAGAUCUCAAGAGAAUGAACUCUAUGCCCCAAUUAUAUUAAUUCAUAGCCACAACUUAUUAAAAAAUAAGCACCGCAUCACCUCAGCGACUCUGUACUGAAGCGAGAUAACUUAAUAUGGAGUCCACUGUGCAUUUUUCCAAUAAUGAAGCGUUUGGAGUAACAUGAGCACAUCAGUGUUGUUCCUUUCAGCUUUAAUAUCCUCCUCUGCGUGAUAGACAGCCUGCUCAGAAGCCGUGUUAGGGGUAUUAACAUAAAGUGGCUCUUUACAUUGAACAAUCUGCAACACUUUUCUGAUGAAAUCAAUCUUGGCCCAUUUUUUUUUGUUUGUUAGUUUUGUUUGUUUGUUUGUUUGUUUGUUUUGCUCCCGAGCGUAGGUUCAGCCACGCAUCCACAGAGCUGUUGUAAUCCACCCUUUCAGUAACACUUGCCAGUUUUUCCUUCAUUUAUCCUGUGAUUUUCACAUCUGGCCUUUAAAAAUGACAUGCACUUCUGGACUGUGUAUAACAACUCCCUGAAAUUAUUCGGAGAUUGUAUAGCGAUUACAAUGAGUCAGCAGUAACUGCUUUUAGAGAACACAGUUCUCUCCGUUGAUCCUCUGGGGAAAACCGUAAUGUUUCCAUGACCCAUAGAACCGUACGAAAACAACAAACAAACGUAUUUUCCCGUCAGAAAUGGUUUCAAGUAGAGCCCUUUUUUUGGAAGCUAAGAAACCUGUAUAUCUUAACUGGAUAAGUGUGUUGUAUUAAUUGUAAAUUAUUGGUCAUUAUGUUCUUCAGAUUGCUCAGACUGUGUUGAUUAGUUUUCUAUAACAGCAGCUCUGACAGCAGUAGCAGGUUUAUAUUAAUGUGCUCAUUCUAAUACGUUAUCGUUUCUAUAGUAACAGCUCAUUCACAGGGACGUGUACGGUGAACACUCCACUGAUAAGAAACAGAUUAAAAAACGUGUGUUUGUGGAAGGAGUCUCCAGUGUCAGCGCUUUGUAACAGUCAGAGGUAAAGCGAUAAGUUUUCUGCCAUCUUCAGGGCAGAGGAGUUUACACUUUACGGUUUCUUGGGUUACUUGACAAGCUGCGUUUUAUUAUUAUUAUUAUUAUUAUUUUUCACAUCAAGAGACAUCAAGGAAAAAAACAGGCUGAUGAGGGAACAACUAUUUAUAGCUGCUAUAAGUGUUUUAAGUGUACUGUAACUAUAAAUGGAUAAAAAUUUUGACAUGUCCUUCUUUAAUAAAUACAGAAUUGUAAUUGUUGACAAAUUGCUGUGGUAUAAGAGGAAUAAAACACUGCAGAACAUGCUGUUAGAGGAAAAUAAUCAGCUUCAGGGUGGUAGCAGUAACUCUGCUUCAUCACACCACCCUGUUGUUGAUUAUUUUCCUAUUACAGCACUACACAGAGUGUUUUAUUCCUUACUUAAUAGCUAGAACCUGUCAGGCAUUUAAAAUUUAGCUAGAUUAUCUUAGUACUUAGUAAAAAUGGAGUUCUUUUAAGGUGCAUUUGAUAAUUAAAUGUUCUUCGCUUCCAUAAAGGGUUCUACUUGAAACCAUUUCUGAUUUCUACAAACCAAAUUUUUUUCUCUGAGCGUAUAAGCGAAAGGUUCACACACUGUCAGCUAAUCUCAUGUCCUUUCACUAAUGUCACACUUCAGCAAGGUCAUGCAUGAACACUUUGAUCAUUUCCAUCGUGUUUUCUUGAGAAAAAAAAAAAAAAAGAUAACCUUUGACCUCUGGUACAUUAUCUGCAGUGCGUCU